UAUCUAUUUUACAUACAUAGGAAAGAAAUGAGAACCAAUGAUAUAGAUAUAUAUAUAUAGUCUAAUUCAAAAGAGUUGUCGAAUAUAAUCUUGAUUACAGAUUAUGACAUUAAUGUGCAGUAAGCUUUUCUGUAUAUUUUAUAAAAGUAAAUACGCGUUGAAUUUAUAGAAGAAUCUAAAGGAUAGACAAAAUUAUAGAUUUAUUACCCGUUGGGUAUAAUUUAUAAUAUUCUUUGAGAAAAGGUUAAAAGAGAUAAGAAAGGAGAGGGAGUUUCAAGUAGAGAAGGGAGAGGCUGAGAUAACCAAAUUGAAUGCUUUACCAAACUCACAGAACCAUCUCUCUUUGACCCUCUUUUCAUUUUUUCUUCUCACCGCCGCUCCUUCCUCCUUCUCUCUCGCAGUCUCGCCCCUUGCCUCUCUGUCUCAGGUUUUUGAUAGGACAUGGAACGUGUUGAAGCAGCGUUGAAAAGCAGUGUCAGGAAAGACAUGGCUUUCAAAAUGACGACCCUGCCUGUUCACGAAGAUUUUAACGCCGUCACCACCGCCGAUGAUUUCUCCGUUGACGACUUCUUCGACUUGUCUGACGACGGCGUUUUCACGGAAGAAGAGGCUGAACCCGAAACUCUUGAAGAGAUGUUUCAUGUUUCCCCCGAGGAACCACAGAACAAAGGAGACUCUCUUCACCGGAGUAAAGACGGUUUUGAGUCUCUCCCUCCAAGCGAACUCUCCGUUCCGACGGAUGAAAUAGCGGAGCUUGAGUGGCUAUCCCAUUUCGUAGAGGAUUCAUUCACUCCAAAUCUCACCGGAACCCCGACUGAAAAACCAGCCUGGUUAACCGGUGACCGGAAACACUCUCCUGUCACACAAGACUCGUGUUUCAAAUCCCCUGUUCCCUCUAAAGCCCGUACCAAACGGAACCGGAAUGGAACCAACAUCUGGUCGCUUGGCUCGUCCUCCUCUUCAGGCCCUUCGUCCUCCAGCUCAACUUCCUCGACCUCUUCGGCUCCUUCCAACACUUGGUUCUCUGGCGCUGAGCUGCUCGAACCAGUCUCCACGUUGGAGAAACCACCGGUUCCCAAAAAGCAUAAGAAAAGGUCGGCAGAGUCUGUUUACAGCGGUCAGCUACUGCUGCAGCAGCCCUCUCGACGGUGCAGCCACUGUGGCGUUCAGAAAACACCCCAGUGGCGAGCUGGACCAAUGGGAGCCAAGACUUUGUGCAAUGCCUGUGGGGUUCGGUAUAAGUCGGGUCGGUUGCUACCAGAAUACAGACCCGCUUGUAGCCCGACAUUCUCUAGCGACCUUCACUCUAACCACCACCGCAAAGUCAUGGAGAUGCGGCAGAAAAAGGAGCCUACGGGAGAUAAUGAAACCGUUUUAAACCAGCUGGUUCAGUCCCCACAAGCUGUACCAAGUUUUUGAAGAACAUAAUAAGGCCUUCAAAAAUUAGAGCAGAGAGUUAGGAGUUGGCCCGGUUCAGUCAGUUGUAGCCUCGAGUUAGGAUCUCAUUGACUUUUUGUAUACUAUUACUUUGAUAUUUUUAGCAUUUCUUUUGUUUUUUGUUACCGUAAUUUGACUUUUCAUGCUAGGAAUCUAGGUGAGUUUUUAGUAACUGAUUAGGUGAAAAACUCAUUGUAUCUUAUUCGUUUGCAUUAGCUUUCAGUUUAAAUUUUCCCAUUUUAAUCUUAUUCAUUAUCGC